AUGCUGAGGUGCGCAUGCCCACUAAGAGGACGCAGCGGCUCCAUGUGUGUUGAGGCGCAUUAUUUGGCAACAGACGCGGCAGUGGGGAGGGCCGAAAAAAAGAGGAUAUCCCCUGGAUUUCUAAAAAGCAACGAUUUAUCGAGGUUAACUGCAGAUUUAACACUCCCUGGUCGGCCAUCGGCGAAGAAGGGGCAACAAAGCGACCGAGUAAGUUGACAGAGGUGAAGCCGAAGUUUUUUAGUUGGUGGAUCGAGGGGAGCCUUUUAUUCGGAGUCGUCGAGAGAAGCCAGGUCUUCCUCCACCUAUCUGUGACGAUAAAGAAGCUGAUGGGCUGUUGAAAAGUAACACUUCUCCGCAGAGCCAAAGGUUGAGCACCGGGGAGAAGAGGAGGAGGGGAGGGGGGUCGCUUUCAAUGCCAAAAAAUACAAUAUUUUACGUUUCUGACACGUGCCAGUUUGAAACUGAGACCCCUGUACUUGAUUUUGUGCGCUAGAAGUCGUUCAGUGAGGUAAGGAUUACAACGUUACAUCGCCAGCGGCUCUCCGGCGGCGGCAGGCUCAGUCCGUGGGCCGGUCGAUGAAAUUUAUGAGUUCCGACUUGGUUUUUCUUCUCAGGAGGGGACACACAGGUAAACAGUCCCGACCAGGCCGGUUCUGUCUCACUUUUGACUCUGUAGGUUUUAAAGUUUUGUCCCUUUUUUUGAGCAGACGCCUGUCCCGCAUCAGGGUGCAGCCAGGUCAGCGGUUCGGGCUCGGUUCUGGCUGUGCGGGUCACGUUCAUGAGCAGCUGUCCAGCACGAGGACUUUUACUACUUUGACCGGGGUCUCGCGGCAGCCGUUGGUCGGAUAUUAACGUUUUUUUUUGCGCGAGCUAAAGUGGCUUCGUGUUUUUGUUUGUGCGAUGUAGCUAAUGUUAGCUCGCUAACUAAUAACACGUUCACCUCCUCCUCUGAGGCGGUGUCAAUAAAGAGAGAAAAGCCGGCUAGUUGCACAUGUAGUGUGGGCUGGCUCUAGUUUUUAAAGGGCUGAGAGUGCUUUAGAUGGUGUACUGGGUGGUGUAACGUUAAUGGUGGACGCUGCUGCCCGCUUUAAGCCCCUUGGCACCAGUGUUGGUUCUGCUAUCUGGUAGCUAAUCUUCCUACUUCUCUCUGUGACAACCAUAGUCUUCCUCCUCUUAAAGCUGAACACACACGCACGGUUACACACACAUACACUCUGACACAGCACACACACUCCCUCUCUCCCAGACAGGCACGCACAUACACUUCCAGCCACCGCUGCCACACGAGUUCGGGACAAAGCUGUGGUUCUGGAUGUUUUCCAGCUAAACUAGUUUGUACACAUUAUUUUGACAUGUGUAAAUCAGGACCCACCAGUAGUUACGGUAAAUAUGAAGGAAGCCGGCGUUUGCUCAUGGUGUGUUCACGGAUUCAAGCAGCUUUUAACGUGAUGGUGUGAAGGCUUUGGCAUCUGCUGUGGCGAUAAUCAAGAUCCUUUAUGUUUAAAAUGAAACACAUUAUCUUGAUUGACAAUAUUUAAGUGUUUUUGUUUGUCAGCAUAGACUAUUUAUCACUCAUUGUCUCAUUAAAACUUGUCAAGUUUCCAACUCUUGACAUUAGGAUUUGUGACUUUUCCUCGUAGAAAAGAAUAUUCUCUGCUCUUUCAUGUGUAAAUCAAUGGCUCUGAUAUAAAGAAAGUUAAAUUAGAUAAUUAAAAAAUAUAUUAUGGAUUAAUAAACUUUUUUUAAUGACUAAUAGUUGUUGAUAUGAAGAAGUAAAGUUUAAUCAAUUGGUUUGCAAAAUAAUAAAAACAUUCCAAUAGGGAUGGGAAUUUAUAAGAUUUUAUCGAUAUCAAUGCCAUAAUCGAUUCUGCUUAUCGAUUCAAUUCUUUAACGAUUCCCUUAUCAAUACCUUUCUUUGAUUAAAAAAAUAAAGUAGACUAUAGGUUUUCACAGCUAACUCAAAAUUUUAUUGAGUCUCUGAUAACAGAAAAAGGUGUAUGCCACCUUUAGUGAGAGUCUAAAAAUAAUCAAACGACAAACUAUUUGUACAGCAUUUACUUUGGUCGGUUUAAAGUCAAAUUAGGGUGAUCAUAUUCUGGAUCCCCAAAAAGAGAACAUUACUAUGCAGGGCAGAAUCUCACGCAAAAUUUUGAGUUUUUUGGGGGUCAGGUCGAGUGUUUUUUAUGUGCUUCUAACACAGUUAGUCCACAGUAUACAAACUCAAAACUUCCAUACAAACCCGUUGUUGUCUUUCUUCGUAAAAUGAAGCCACACUUGAGAUCGUUUCUGCCUACUUUUUGUACCAUUCGCCAUGUUUUUUUCCUCAAAGUCUCUGAAAGGAAUUGUUAAAGGAAUCGUUAAGAUUAAAUGUACAUGAUGUCGAUGGAUUGAACCAUUUUGAACCGGUUCUCAACAAGAACCGGUUCUCGAUUCCCAUCCCUACAUUCCAACAAAUAGAACCCUUAAAUUGUCCUGUAUUGUCCAACCAAACAGGCCAAAAUCCACUAACAAUAAUAAUAAUAAUAAUGAUAAUAAUAUAAAAUCCACUAAUGUUAUAAAAUCCAGUAAUAGGAAAUACUUAGGUGAAAAUUGACUUCUAACUGAAAUUACAACAUGAACUAGAACUUUUGUUGAUUAACUUUUUGCCAGGAACUCUGUAAGACCUUAACUUUUUACAUAAUGUUUUGUUCUACUUUGAGCAUUAAUCACUUUGGACAUUUGCUGCAUAAUAGGAGAAGUGUACAUUACAUAUGGAGUGGGAAUAGCAUGGGCUAAAGAGAUGUGCUGUUGGGAGACUUUAUUGCCUUUUUGUGGUGCUCUGGAAUGAACCCGCAGUUGUUCGUGAAAACAAAGGCCUUGUAAAGUGUUAUUUGCAUGUUCACAAUGUGCGGCAUUGUUAUUAACCCACUGUGAACAAAGUACAUGUUCUUUCGUGAUAGUGUUGUCUCACACUGAGCAGAAAAGAGGAGAAGGCUUUGACACCAGGACUGCUCAGCUACCUGUUAUACCCACAAGUGGUCCAAUCCAAAGUGUGAUGCAAUGGCCGUCCUACAAAGUGACUGUACUCAUAGUAUUAGAAUUACAAGAGGGAGUGAGUCAAAGUGCUCAGAAGUUUCUGCCUUGUUUUUGAGAGAGGACUGUUGCAAUGAUCACACACAAGACUGAUCCAGAGGAGUUGUGUAAUCAGCUGCUGUUCUGGAAAAGGGCUGUCUGCUGGCCACAUUUUAAGCUGCUGCACAUGAUUGCAGGGGUCACAGGGCAGCUGUUUGGUCAGGCCUCAAUGACUUCAUAGGAUAUAAGGCUAACUAUUUGCUAUCUAAUUGCCAUUUUCUGCCCAUCUUAUGAAGUCUGUUUGUUGAUAAAUAAAACCCUGGGUUGUUAAGAUUGGAAGGUGUUCAAACAAGCAAGCCUAGUGCUUGGACACCAUCAUUGCUGUCACUUGUUAUUCAUCCUGAUGCACCCAAGUUAUUGAUAAGAAAAUGUUGCUGGUGCAGCAGUUUUACAAGGUGGUUGCACGGUGUUCUGAAUACCCUGCGCAAUGUAAAAAUAUGUUUUCACAGGUUAAAGGUCUGUCAGUGGGUAAAUAAAAUGCUGAAUACACGCUGUACAUGCAAGCAGAUGUCGACAUUGCAUGUUUGUCUGCCAGCCUGAAUGAAAGGGGAUUGAGUGACUGACGCUUGACAUGAUUCAUGAGUGACUUGAUAAAUAACUGCCUACGGGCAGGAAGGAAAGACACUCAGCAGAAAACAAGACAGGCAGCGAUAAACUGUAGAUUCAGGUGAGUGGCACCCUGAUAGUGAGAGCAACAUGACACCAGAUUAAAGUACAAGCGUUCUGUGUUGGUGAAAGCCACGCUCACUAAGGACCAAGAAUCUGCACGGAUCUACGUGAUUAUGUGAUAAUUGUGGUUUAAUUACACUGCAGGUGUCAAGAGGAGGAUUGAUUAAACCUUCACAAAAAGGAGACUGUUGCCAACGUGACAUAGAGUAAAUCAGCAACUGUUAUAUAUUUUUAUAUGUUCAAGGAUUCUUGUGCCCUUUAAACUCUUUUUCAGUAUAGUUAUAACAUCAGGCUGUGCUUACAUUGUAGUUACCCUUUGAAAACUGGAGUGUAGACGCAGAGUUAUUUUUAUAAACCUCAAAAACGGUUAUAUUCAUACAGACGACUCUUUAUAUAUAGACUUUGUUUAUUCUUGUUCACUUCCUUGUCAGUAAAUUUAGGCUGAGUAAAGUUUGUCUCCUUCAGUCCCCGAGCUACCAGAUCUCUGUUUAGUGUUUUUUUUUUUCUCUGACACUGUGAACUAGAGAUAAAUGAUAUGUUAUAGAAGAAAAAAUGAACCACGUUUUUUGGCAUUUACACUUCCUGUGAUGAGAACUGCUGUGAGCCCAUCAUGCAAUUAAUGUGAUAUGACAAUUACAAUCAACUCUAUUAUAGUAGCCAUGGUGCAGAGCAACUAAUGAUAUAGGACCCAGCAAGUGGGACAUUUUUCCUUUAGAAGUGAAAUGUCACCUAUGAAGUAUUAAUCUGCAUUCUGGAGAAAAAUAAUAAAAAGAUGAUGGGAAAAUGUGUUUUACUCAGAAAACAAUAAACAAUAUUCUUUAGUCCAGACUAGGUUUUUUGUCUAAAGAGUGUUAAUCCAUUUUUGAGGAGUGCUCUCGUGAUGAGGAUAGUGUAAAGAAAUGACCUCCAAAUACAGCAGCAGUCUAACAAACUUGUCACCAUGGCCGCCACCACAACGCCCAGUACAAUAGCAUCUCUCCACAGCGUCAUUAAAUGGAGUUUGAAGAUUUCCAUCUCAUUUGAAUAUUUAUCAGGAUUAUACAGUGGAGUGAGAUGAUUGCACUGUGAAGCUCUAAGAACCACACAUACAGUCUGAAAGUAGUUUCAAACAGAAAUAGACUGUGUGGCUCUUCUGUUAUGUGUGUGUUUGCGAACGGGAAAGUGACUUGUAUGUGAAGUUUGUGUCGGGAUAAUUUGUGUGUUGUGCUAAGUUUUCCUCUCAGUUUGAGCUGCUCUCUGAGGUUUUGCACCGGUUGCAUGUGAUGUGGCGUUCUUAGAUGGGUGGGGGUUUUGAUGAUCCACCAUGUGAGUGUGUGUGGGGGCUUGACAGAUGUGUGUGUAAAGUGCCACGGAGAUGAAAUGCGAAACCUGUCCGCCAUUCAGAUCCCAGCUACAAAGAUAGGGUCAGUGUCCGUGUAAGGUUUGUCAGGGGUGGGGGGUGGGAGGGUGGCGUUUAUGAGUCUAACUUCUUCUCCCAGCAUCUUUCACAGCUUUAUGCAUCAGAACUGCCCCCCCACACACACGUGCGCCCACACACACACACACCUUCUUCCUAACACACUCCCUUACCCCCUCCCUAGCAAGCGCACACACAGACUCAACUGUAUAAUGGCCGUCAGUGUAACGUCUGCUUCAGCACCUGAAGGGUUAAAACUAGCUUCAGCUUCUCUCUCAGUCAUACACACACACACACUCACACACACACACUCACACAAGUCGACCGGUUUAAACCGGUUCUCAGGAAAAGUGCUUUGUGUGUCCCACUGAAUCCUGGGAAGGGUCAUGUCAUGUGUGUCUCAGUGAUGUCAGAGUAUUAAAAAAAACUUAGUCAGCUCAGUGUUAUCAGAUGGCUGCUCUGCAUACUGCAUUGUGAUGCUGUAUGAUUAUUGUAUAGGUACAUCAGGAAUACACUGAGUGCUUUAUACACACCGCCAUCACUAUUCUGAGAACAGGAAGGGGAGGGGGCCAAAGUGUGUACAGUGCAUGUGUCACUAAGAAGUAGAAGGUUGUAAGGGUUAAUUGUAGUCCUUUUUUUUCCCCCAAAAGACCUCAUUGCUCCCUGUACGGCACCGCUGGGCAGACUGAGGGCCUUUGCAGACCUGGCAAGACUGGACUCCAUUCUCUAACAUAUGUGCAGCUGUGUUUCUACUCUGUGGUCAUAUAGUAAAUAGUGAUAAAAUUAGUGUAUCUUUAAAUUUCACUUGUACUUUCUGUUUGAGAUUCAGUGAACUUUGAGCACAGAUUGUUUCCUGUUGCAUGCGUCACGGGCCGUAAAGUGUUUAUUCUGAUUUUGAUCUUGUUCUGGACAGUAGGUAGGACAAGGCCAACCCUGACAUUCACAUUCCUUUAUAACCUGGUCAUGACUUGCAUGACAGGUAUGUCUUGAUCCUUGAAAUAUGAAGCACUAUGUAUCAUUUCUAGACCUGUGCAGUUGAAAAUAAUCCCAGCAUGGUGUGAUAUGUUUAAACAUGUAGGCAGAAUUUAAUGAGUCUUCUCUUAAACAGAAAUCAUACUUUCCUUUUUCUACAUAUUACAAAUAGUUUGUUAUGUCAACCACUGCGUGUGAGUGAUGUAGCAUUAGCUAGGGACAAGGUUUGAUCCAGAUUUUCAAGAGCAUGUGACUUUUUAAAUCAACCCGAAAUGAGUACUCUAGUGACAUGUUACUGAGAAAGUGAUACAGCUGUGAUCACAGUCAGAAGUCAAAUGAAACUAGUGUCACAAGAACAGCUAUUAGAAAAACCUCAAAACAUUUCCAGCAAACUUCAUCAUUAAUGUUUCAAGUCAUGUCAAUUGCAUUUUGUAGAUAUAGGAUGGGUUUCUCAGUCAGCUGUUGUGUAAGCUUCACACACACAUGGUGUCGUUCCACCCUUUAGGCUCUGCAAACUUACAGGGAUCCCAUCUGGCCUCUAUAACCCCUCUUACCACCUCAGACACAUCCCACUAUCACGCCUCUGUGACACUGCUGACAAAGGCAACAAAUAACAGUAGUGUUAAUAUGAAACUGCCUUUACCUAGCAGUAUGAAAAAGGCCAACAUAAGAAUCUUAAAUGCUGCCAAUCUGCCAAGUUGUUGCUACUUUUCUGCUGUGUUCAUAUAGAUGCAGAUGCAAAUGCUUGAAUGGCGAAAUUGAACAUUCUCUUGCUGGGCAAUACAAAAAAAUAACAUUGUUUUAAGCUUUUUUCCGUACCAUGUGAGACUGAAACAUAGGUGGACUUGAUUUGAAGCAAAUACACAGGCAGAUGAAUACUAUUUGUAGGAGCUAAAUGGAUACUUAAAGCUACUGAGAUGCUUGACCUGGAGUAACCUGGUUGACGUGCCGCGCUACUGAGUUUUACCAUGAGUUUUGAUUAUUAGUGGAAGUCCGGACACUAUUUCUCAAAUGCAGCAAACAAACAUUUAUUGCGAUAAACAUAACCAAAUUCAUUUUGCAAGGAAAACGCCAGCAGCUAGCGCCACUAUGGUCGAAAACCUUUUGCUCUUCCGGGUCAAACACCUGCCCACAACAGUGACAUGGCUACCUUUAUCCCUGAGCCCCAGAUAACAAGACAGCAACACAAUGUGAACUGCAACUCAUAAUAUGGUUUCACAUCAAUAUGUUUGGCUCCUACACUAUUUACAAUACAAAAGUAAAAACCAAGUAUACCUUUUCAUGCGUUAAAACGUAUGCUAUUUGACUAGCGUGUGGUUGUUAUUUGACAGGUGUGUCUGAGGAGAAUUGACCAUCCAAGUCCACUUUUUAUCUAAAGUACAAUCGACUGAGCUGAAGUACACAUCGUCAUUGUUAUUGCGCUGGCUGAUGAAGUCACAAGGUCAUGAUAAAUGCAUCUUUUAACUCUGAUAUGGAAAGUGCAUUAGAAGUGCACACACAACAAUGUAAUUGGCCAUUAUCAAACCAUAAAAGUAAAGAUGUAUUGACCCAUGUGGUCUGCCAUCUCCCUGUCUCUUCUUCCGUUUCUGUCCGAACAAGGAUACAGAGCAGCAGCCACUAUAGGGGUUAUGUUUGUCUCUGUGUACCAUGUACCAUCUAAUGGUGCAAGUCAGUGACAGGAAGGCGGCAGCUGCAUCCCUCAGACUUCACACAGCUAGCAUGCCAGCAUCUGGGUCAACUACAUUUCAAUAUAAGGGGAAAAUCAGGCUGUAUUGGAUCUUACACUCAAGAGAAGUGAAGUUAGACUCGAGCUGAAGUCAUACUACAUUUUUGGGUCAUUUUCCCACACACAUAAAUCACUGAAGUACUUGAAUUUAUUUAGUUGUUAUGAAUUGAUAAACAGGAAUCAAGCUUCAGUUAAGUUUGUUUAUUCCCUAAAAUUGAUUGCAGCUUUUCUUUGAUUUGAAUGUCAUGUUCUUAAUUCUCUUUGAUGUCUUUGUGUUGGAUUUUUCGCUGUUACAAAUCUUUGGUGAAGACCUUGUCUUUUGCAGUGACAUUGAGUACCUUCUGAGUAGUCAUUUUCUCAGUUUUCCCCUUAUUUUGGUUUCUGGUUCAGGCUGAAAUGUGGAUAAUUAGAUGUUUUGGUAUCAUACUUGAGUCACCAUCUUUGUCAUGUGACUUUACUAAUCCAACAUGUUUUGUCUGGAGGCCAUUUUAGUCACCACCGUGUCCUCUUCAGCUGAUUCAAGGUCAGUUUUGUCUACAAUUGUUCACAGCCACUCCGAGCUUAAUGGAUUACUUCAGUUUUAAUGCGAUGAUAGCACAGUCAAAAAAGGACCAUUAUCCACCAAUCACCAAUGUUAAAGAUGUGUUUAAAUAUUGCGGUGUGCAACCUUAAAUUUCUAGCUGUGACAAUUAACAUUUUGAACAUAAGCCUCAUUUGUUUGCUGACAUUCAGGAGUGUUUUACAUAUUGCUGUUGUUUGUUGCUUCCAUCUAUUUCUCGUCACAUUUUGUUUUUACUGCCUUUAGGGGCCGAAAAAUUAUGUUCCUGCUGAAACUCAAAAUAACAGUCACCAGUCUUUGACAUGAACUUCUUUUAGCUCCACAUCUUCCAAGCAAAAAGACAGCCAGCGUACUUUUUUUUGUAAAUAAACAGAAGUUUUGUACUCAGUCAGCUUUACUUGGAAACAUGCUGUGUGUUUAUCCUUGACGGCUAACAAAGGUGCCAAUUUCCUCCCCUGCAAAUCAUGGAUGCAGCUUUGGCAGCUGGGCCCUCUUUAUACCAAUGAAAGUUUCUCAUUGACUCAAAAACAACUACAACGACAAAACAUGUUUGUAGUUUUGAGGAUACCCCUCAUGAGCGUUUUUAUUGUAUAAAUCAAGAUCUGUAAUGUUCCUCUGAACACCAUCUCCCAGGACCGGAGUCUCUAAUGUGUACACGUCUGGGAUAAACCUCUGGAUGUUGCUUUUAAAGGGGCAAUCAAUGUGGUUGUUGGUUUACAACAGUGAAAGAAUUGUAUCAAGGUUUCCCUGUUUCCAAGUCUCAGUCCCCACCCUAAAGCCACAGCACCAGACCCUUUUAUCUACAUCACAGCGCUUGUGCUUGUGUAUUUGACGAUACAUUGGGGCAGCCCUAGACACUCGUAGCACAUGCACUCCUUUGGAUUAGGAUCAAAUUUAUUGGUUUGCCUUGUAACCAGAAUACAGUUAAAAGUGGUGUUUUCAGCAUAAUCUGACAUGUUAAAGUCCCACUCCGAUUGUUUUUUUCCUACUACUUAAAGUGUUCUCAGUGGUCUUUAAAUUGUGAUGUAAGGUUUUUAGCCAAAAUCAUCAAGGGCUUUUCUUCUACAGAGCUCGAGUAGCUCAUUAGCAAUUCACCUCUGAGUGAUGGGCAGAGACAGUGCUGCUCUGCAUACUCCCCCUCCAGUUAGCUUGCAGCCUAACAUUGCUGGUGUAGUAGAAGAAACAGGUAACAUAGGAGCUUUCAGCUCUCAGACACUAUUGUCUUUAGAGACAUGAUGAAAGUUAGUAUCAUAAUUAGCUGUCUUACGAGCACUUCAAUCCCCUAACGCAGACACUUGUUCCGCGAUCGUCCUCUAUACUUCUUUGAGUCUGACCUGCAUGGCGGGGCUCUGGGGGCGGAGCUUGGAUUGGUUACAUAGGAAAUCUCACUGUAUCUGAACCAGCCGUUUGGAUCUGCCAGCGAUUCACAGCGAUUUGAAUGCAAGAAUACUCAGAAAUGCAAUUUUGCAUUUAGUUUUCUCAUGAUAUGUCCUCUAGUAUCAGAAAAAUGCAAUAUGAACAUGUAGACAACAAGAAAAACAUGAUUUUCAGAAUGGUAUAGUUAUGGCCUGUGUGUCUUGUGUGAUUUCACGUUAUGUUUUUAUCAUGUUUAAAUGUAUAGCAAAACUGAGACUGAGAUUGUCUUUUCUUUCGUCUCCAGGGGAUGUCUGAGGAGGCUGUCCGCCAGACACGCAGCCAGAAGAGGGCACUGGAGAGAGAGGCUGCCCCUCAGUCGACAGAACCAACCAAUGAUGAAAGCGAAACUAAAAAGCCUAAACUGUACUCACCUGAACCCUCAACAGAGACACAAAGUAAACCUGAACCUCCUGUCGCACUUGACAGUAAAAGCCUGGCUGAGGAUGGAUCAGAACCUGAGAAAGAGCAGGUGAAGGAGCAGAGCCAAUCACCAUUAUCUUUAGCAUUACCUUUGGCCUCUCAGCUGGCUAAGGAUGAUCGGACCCAGAAACAACAAACAGUUGAACCCAGCUCAGACUGUCGGACUGAGAGCAGUGACAGAUCCAGCAAGGCGAGGACAGAGCCGGUUGUGGAUACAAGGAGUCGGGUCAAACCGACAGAGCCUAAGGUUGCCAGUGGCAUGCUGGCUGCAGGCGAGGUGAAGGCCACCAUCAAAGUGGAAGUUCAGACGGGAGAGCAGCCGGUGGAUAUGAGCACCUCCAGAAGGUGAGAAGCACAGUAGUACCCGUGGAAAAGUCAUGAUUCGAAUGUUCUGGAAACUUGAAUGCCCAAAAGUUUUUUGUUUAUAUGAGACGAUUCUGGUUACCUGACUCGACUUUUUUGUGUGGUAAAAACUUACUUUAGUGCAAAUGUGUCUUUUAGCCCGAGCCUCUGAAGACCUCCAAUGUUCAAACUUCGUUCUGUACUUGUUCUGUUUGUGUAACUUUGUGUUUAGAGGGACAGUGUGAGGUUUUUUUUUAGUCCUCAGAGGUAAACUUUUAUCUUCCAGUCCACCUCCAUUUUCCCCCCACUCAGCACCUGAACCCUAAAAACUCCCCUCACACAAAAUGAAGCCGUGUGUCACAAACCGGUUCCAGCCGGUCGUUGCCAUGGUUUCCACAGUGGAAGGAACGGUGAGGGGAGGGGAAUGGAGGGGGGGAGAGUGAGUAUAUCACGUGAUGAUGACUUGGAGAUCAUGUGACUUCUUUGGAAGAGUAGUGAUUAAUCCACAGGAAGUAAUGAUGGCGCUAAGCUCUGAAGAGAGACUAACACACACACACACGCACACACACACACACAAAUAUAGGGAGGACUGCCAGGAGGGACCAGCCUCAUGUUGUCAUAUGCUGGUUUUAACUACUUGAUGUGCGUCAUAGUGAUACAUAGCCUGUGUGAUUAUGAGGAGUUAUCAUUUUUAGAGAAACUCCACUCUUGUUCUUCAGUUUUUCAGCGCCCUUAGUCGAAGAAUUUAGGUCAUCCACUCUCACACUAGCCCACAGUUGAACCGGUCGCUUUGCAGGAGAAGCUAUACGUGUGUAUAAUCAUGUCGACAGAAGCGAGAGAGGAGCCAAACAGCCUCCAAGAUUCCCACCACGCUUUAAUGUCUUUAGCAUGCUUUAAUGAUGUAUGUCUUCACCUCCCACUUCACCUUAAAAAAUGUUGUGUACAUAUAUCAUCCCUCGCCGCACAAUAUGUUGUUUUGACAGGGAAUGUGUGCUCUUGAACAGCCGUUGCGUUUUAACUGUAAGACUUUUUCUUAAACUGUAAGUCCCUCCUCCUCAACAUUUAGGCCUGCUCUGCUGUUGGCGUUGCAUCAACACGGAGAGAGGCUGUGUGGAGAAUCUGUGAGUCUGGACUUGCUUAGAUAAAAAAAAAAGGGCCGAUCAGCCCUCUGUGAAAAACUGUAAUUCAGGUUGAGAACAGACACUACUAAUAGAUGCUAAUAUUUAAGCCAGUUAUGGCGUACAACAUCCCAUCCCAAAAUAUUCUUUUCAACCUCAAUGAAUUAGACAGUAGAAGCACACACAUAUCUCUAUUUAGAUAUAAUUUUAGCACUUUUUGUAUUAAAAUACAGGAAAUGUGUCUAAAAAUAUGCAUCAGCCAAUAGAAUAUCUUAUUUUGUUUGAAAGGGAUCAGCCAUACAGGAGCUGAGUAUGAUGCUGUUUAACAUAAAGACUGAGUCUGAUUAAGCAGAAUAAUCAAAAUAGUAACAAAAGGGGAGAACUGAAGAUGAAGUAUUAUGUGUAGUUGUUUACACCCCAGUAUUUUUCUCAGUGCUGGGAUUUGUAGGAAUUAGUGAUAUGAUUUGUGUUUAAUCAGUAGUUGAUUGAUCAAUCAAAUGCUGUUAUAUCUGUUUGAAUGUCUUUCUCCGGCUUGUGUCCAGCAGUAUCAAAAGAGAGAAGCGUCCUCCGUCCCCUGAAGAUGACGACGUUAUCAUCCUGUCAGAUAAUGACUCCCCGAGUCCACCAAUGAAUGGCCUUAGUCAUUUUAAGGAGCUCGACACAGACUUGCUGAUGGUGAGUCACAACAAAGUUUGGCUUAAAUGUGCAGCUUUUUUAAUGUAGAGACUUUUAGUUGGUUUCAUAGAGACAUGCUAUCCUCAAAGAUAAACAUAAACCAGCAAUUAAAGGUUAAAUAUCUAAGCAUUAGUAUUGACAUGUGUUUCAACAAGCAGUUUAGAUAAGAGGAAUAUUUUUUGUCUUUUAUAAUUUGAGCGGUGAAAAAUAUGUCAUGAUUUCUUGACUACAGAAGAGCAGCCCAGCUGAGAGGGAGAGCAUCAUCAAGCAGCUGAAGGAGGAGCUGAGACUGGAGGAGGCAAAGCUGGUGCUGCUGAAGAAACUUCGACAGAGUCAGAUACAGAGGGACACGGUGCAAAAGGUAACCGCAGUUAAUGACCCAGAUCAACACAGGGUCACUCAAAGAGUACCAACAUGGGCAUCACUAGGGGUGGGAGAAAUGCAGCAUAGUAUCACAAUAUUUUGUCUGGUGAUAUUUCGUAUCGUCUCAUUGACCAAAUGUCGAUUUUUCAAAUUAAUUGCUUACAUGGAGUAAAAUCUAUGAUAAUGGAAAAAUAAAAUCAACUGUUUGAGGUUGGCAGAGGUGACAUCAUAGAGCAGAUGAAAGUUAGUACAACAAAUAUAUAUAAAGUUUGCAAGAUAUGCUGCAUGAAAAUAAAAUACUGUGUGAAUAAGACAAACACAAAGGAAAGCCAAAUGCUAAAUUAGCUAAACAGUAGAAAAUAUUAUAUAAAUCGCAAUAUAUUGUAUCGCAGUACUCGCUGUAUUGCAAAAUGUUAAAAAUCACAAUAAUAUCGUAUCGUGGUCCAAAUAUCAUGAUAAUAUCCUAUCGUGGGGCCACUGGUGAUUCCCACCCCUAGGCAUCACUGCACGCGUUCCUCUUGUAUCCCUGUGAACUUGUGUGAGCUGCUGACCAGAGCACAGGUGUAAACGCUCCCAGGAUCCUUUGCAGGAACAUGUGCUUUGAAAUUCAGUUACCCAGAUGACUUUCAGAAGUGGCCUGAACCACAUUUUUUGCAUAUGUUUCUGUUUACUUUUUGUAUCCAUGGCAACUGUAACAUCAGCUGACAGACCCUAUUCCCAUAUCUUGGCUGUGUCAGAAAUGACUGCUUUUAUUCCAAGCAUGUGAAAAAGCGGCGACACAUUAAGAUUAUGGAGUCCACCAAAAUACAAAAAUGCUUUAGUCAUUACCAAACAGUGUUUUGGUGUUAUUGUAAUCUGGGCAGCUCUGGGGAGAGGAUAGGAAGGCAAGGCAGUGCCAGGAUGAGGAUGUGGCCCUAAAACGGUUCAGCAUAGUUUAUAAUAACACAGCCCUUUGAUGAUGAAGGGCUGUGGUCUAAUUGUUUUCUGUCCUUGUUCACAGAGACACCAGUCUGCAGUGUAGACGCAGAACUGUCGAGUAACUAGAAACUUCAUUAUCAAAGAGAGAUUUUAUUUCCUGAUUGUUCAACUGUAUAUGUUCGCCAAGCCCUUCAAUUCCACUCACUGACAUUCACUCUCUUUCAUUCUCUAUCUCUUUGCUCCAAGUCUGUGUCACAUGUUUUAUCGGUUGUCGUUUUCAUGAUGAAAAUGAUGUACCUGCUUAUUUUCAUAUAGAGUGGAAAGUGAGAUUAGAUCACAUCUGGUUACUGGAGCCUCUUUCUGUAGUCAGUUGUAGUCAGAUGUACCCUGAGCUGUCAACUGUCAGUUGGACCCACACAGUACUCGUGUUCACACAAUAUUGAAACAGGUUCCUUGUUAAAACUCUUUGUUUGUUUGUUUUUUUAGCCCUCUGGUCUGACUGGCUCCUCUGCUCCCCCUCCUUUGAUUCGUGGAACAAUUACAAGCAAUAAAGGCUCCCAGCAGGUAAAUGUUCACCCAUCAAAUAUGCAUCUAGGCAGCGCAUUGGUGCUCUUUCCUGCUGUUUGUAAUGUUUUAUUUCUCUCCUCAGAUUCUGACUGCAAGGAGUUCAGGCACGGUUAUUCCUCCGCCGCUAGUGAGAGGAGGACAGCAGGUGUCGUCCAAGCAUGGCUCCCACAUAAUAAUGCCACCUCUGGUGAGAGGGGCACAGGUGAGUCAUGGGGAAAUGUUAUCAAUUAGAUUAAGUCGCCAAAGUAUGAGAACAACAUUGUUAUGUAUUUUAAAACAAUCCCCUUUAACUGCUGUUUUCAGUAUAUGAGACAAACUGCAGGGAAGAAAAUGACUCCCAAAUUCAGGACUUAUGAUCUCCCUUUCACCUCUCUCUCUGUGCCCUUUGCCUCGGUGUUUUUGAUGUUCCUCCCCUUGUCCUCCACAACCUAUGUCCGUGACGCCCCUCUGUGUCACCCCUCUCAUUGUCCUGGUUAGCCCAUCUCUGUAUCUCCACAGCAGAUCCAGGCUCUCCGCCAGCAGCAGCAGCAGCAGUUGGCUGCCUCUGGAGGCUCAGGCCCCCCUCCUCUGCUGUUGGGUCCAAAGACCUCGGCUCCUGCGGGCCACCAUGGGCAGAGAGGGAUGGUCCAGCCAGGCCUCAUAAGAGUCGGCAGUAGUGCUACCACCCUGGUUAGUAUCUCAAGUAAAAGAAAGUUUUCAAAAAAAUAAAAAAUACGUUUCAUCACCCAGGAUAAAAAAGAGGAACCAUACAGUACUCAUGUAGAAGUAUCUCUGCAGGGCCUAAUUAUACUAGUUAUUUUUGUCCUGCUAAUUGCAUCACUGCUCAAGUUGAGAAAAUGCACAAAACCACAACACACUUCACCGCAGCUCAACCUAGUUAAGUGUAUAGUGAGGAAACACCAAAAUAUGCAGCAUUUGUAGCUGGAUGUAAAAAGAAAAAAAGGUAAAGUUAAAUGAAAUGAAAGAUCCUUCAUUUUCAUGCAUAUCCUUCUAACCAUAACAAUAUUAAGACAGCUAAUAUCCUAAAUUAACCAUCCAAUGGCACCACAUGCUCGGACGUUUUAAGCAGUUUGUCUUAUCAACCCCAGAAUAACUUAAAACAACUUAAAAUGCAAAGAGGAUGACAGAAGAUGUAGGCCGGUGACUCUGUUCUUUUUGUAGUGGCUUUGGAAGAGCAGAAGGUGGGUGUAAAGACACUGGAGGACAGAGGAAACUUAGACUACAAACACACUGACUUCUAUAAUUUAUUAUCAACAGAAAGAAACCAGUUCAACACACACCCUAGGCAGUUUAUCCAGCUGCUCUUUGUCUUACCAAUGUCAAUAACUAUCUUCACAUUUUGAAGAGAGUCUGUCUUAAAUGUCAAAGCCUUCUUCUUCACCUCUGAACCACAGAAAAGCAGGUCCUGGUCCAGAAACACAAUACUAAUGUGAAAGCUUAAAACACCUUUAUACAUUUGAAGUGAACAGUUUUUUACGUCAAUGGACAUGAAUAAUCCAUGCUUUUAUCACUACCCGUCUUGACUACUGCAACUCUUUGUAUGUAAGGAUUAGCCAGGCUUCCCUUGCCCGCCUGCAGCUUGUGCAGAACUCUGCUGCACGUCUCCUGACGCAGCCCCGCAGGCGUGAGCACAUCACCCCCAUCCUGGCGUCCUUACACUGGCUCCCUGUACAGUACAGAAUCAAUUUUAAGCUUUUAAUAUUUGUUUUUAAAGGCCUGAGAAACCUGGCUCCAUCUUACAUUUCCAAUAUGCUCCAGCCUUACUGUCCACCCCGAUCCCUAAGAUCAGCCGGUCAGCUGUUACCGACGGUCCCCAAUACGAGGCUGAAGCUCAGGGGUGACAGAGCAUUUGCUGCAGCUGCUCCCAAGCUCUGGAACGAGUUGCCCUUGAGAAUUAGACAGGCCUCCUCAUUUCCUGUUUUUAAAUCCUGCAUUAAACACACUUUUAUUCCUUGGCUUUUAACACAUUUUAGUGUUAUUUUCUUUGCUUUCAUCUUAGCACUUACCGUGAGCCUGAUUAUAUAUUUAUUUAUUUAUUGCAUUUAUGUAUUUUUGCUCGCUCUAUCUUGUUCUUUGCUUGUUUUAUUUGUUUUUAUGUCACAAUGUACAGCACUUUGGCCAACCCUGUGGUUCUUUUAAAUGUGCCAUAGAAAUCAAGUUGAUUGAUUGAAGAAUAGCUCACCACUUUACUGCAAAGCAAAAUCUUAAAACCCAGAAAUUGUUUUGGUCAGUGAACAAACAUCAAAGCAUAAUCAUGGACUGAUCACUUGGUUUGUUUAUUUAUGUACACUCCUUCUCUAUAACUGGUCUUGAUUAGCAUCGUUCUUUGGCCUCUGUAGUGGUAGCCACCACCAAAGUGUGACUGUGUGAGCGAAUGAAUGAUGUAUCCAAUGUAAAGCGCUUUGAGGGUCUCUGAUAAAGCGCUAUAUGAAAUCUAAUGCAUUAUUAUUAUUAUUAUUCUGUUCCUUAAGUUUUGCUAACGUCAGUAAAACUGUAAAUCAGCUGUUGAUGAGAUUAUUUUUUCCUCUGAUUUCCCAAACAAGCUCAAAUUUGGCCCACAUGAAUCAUUAUUUGAUGAGAGGAAAGGAAGGAAGUAAAUUUUGCAUUUUCACUAACAGAAGAAAUGCUAAACUAAUCUGAAACUGUUUUAGGAGACUGUUGCCUCUCUGGACAAAUUUUACUAUUUCAAAGGUCUGCAGGUAUGUGGGGCUCUGAAUGAGGACCUGGUCCAAAUGCAGCCUACAGUGUGAAGAAAGAAAUGAAAUCACCUUUUUAAACAACAACAAAAGCAACAAGAAUAGGAAUAUUUUUAAUCUGUAACAUUGUUUCUAAAAGACAGCAGAAUGUUUUUGGCCGGAUAUCACAGGUCUUAGCACCGGCGGUUCGAACCCGGUCUACAGGUGAAAAAAUACUGUUUAAAAAGUCCGGAGACUGAAAAAAUCGGGUCCAGAUCAGACAAGUUCCAAUGGUUUCCCCGGUCGUCCCCCUUAAAGUCGACUCAGAUGCUGUGUAUAGAUGUUGAGUUCGGCGUCGUUUCAUUCAACAUGCCAGUGAGCUGGUACAGCGUCCUCUGAAAGUAGUAAAUAAUAUUCACGGCAUCAUCGAUUUGUUAGCCAUUUAUGUGGUUUGUUGCCAUGUCUGUAUUAAAUCAUUAAGUACAGCUCUGUAGACUUUUAAAGUCUACCUAAUGAGCGCACAAAGCUACUUUUACUUAUCUGUACAUUAGAUAAACGCCGUCAUCUUGCCAUUUAGCAGGUUUGCGUGUCGUUUGUUCAGUUGACAUGAUGUUCACACCGGUCUAACUUUUUUCUGUCUUUGCUUGUUUUCUUCAGGGCUCACCUUCUAGUUUAAAGGGCUCUUCCUCAGGAAGCAGCGGCCUGUCUGCAGUUAGUAUGAAUGACUCUCCAGCCAGCCGUCAGGCAGCAGCUAAACUCGCCCUGCGCAAACAACUCGAGAAGACCCUGCUGGAGAUUCCCCCUCCAAAACCACCUGCCCCGGAGUUUAACUUCCUGCCCUCUGCAGCCAAUAAUGAGUUCAUCUACCUGGUGGGACUGGAGGAGGUGGUGCAGAAUCUGUUGGACACCAUCCACAGAGGUGUGGGGGUUUUCAUCUAUGAUUGCUUUUUGUUGUUUAUUGUAGAGAUAAAAUACAGUGUAAUUCAGUUAAUCUGCUUUUGAAUUUAGAAGAUUCUUGCAUUUAUUUGUGAUAUUGAACUAAAAGUUUUGACUUCUAGUUGAAGAAAAAACUAAUUUAAGGACAUCUUUGGGCUUUCAGAAAGAGGGAUUGUCUUAGGGUAUAAACAGCAAAACUGCAAAUCUUUCAGUCCAAGAUGUUUUUUCUGGAGGUUUAUUCUCUAUCAAACAUUCUCUACUUUCAUUCAGGCUUUGAAUUUGAUGAGUUGUGUCUGCCCAUUUUAAAGAUGUGUGUCCCAUCUGUCUUUAUCUAGGCAAGACAGGAGUUUCACUCUCCAAGUCAAGUGUCAGGGAGCCCUUCAUCUGCACCCAGUGUAACACUGACUUCACCUGCCGCUGGAGGCAUGACAAGACAAAAGGCGGGGCGCUCCUGUGCGAGCAGUGCAUGUCAUCCAAUCAGAAAAAGGCUUUGAAAGCUGAACACACCAGCCGGCUGAAAGCGGCGUUCGUCAAAGCACUUCAACAAGAGCAGGAAAUAGAGCAGCGAAUUAUUCCUCAGACAUCCUCAACGGUCUCCCACAGUAGCUCCUCUUCCUCAUCCUCCCUGAAAGCAGAGCAGCUGGUGUCGCAGCAGCUGAAGCAGGCUCAGGCUAGAGUGUCCUCACUUCACCUCCACCACCACCAGGCCAGCCGUGGAACCAAUCUUCUUCACCAUCACUCCAUUAAGCAGGUCGGAAUCAGCUAUUUUAAAGCCUGUCAAGCAAUUACUUCUUACAACCCCCAUUGGUUGCUGAAUAUUGAUAGUUAGUUGCAACUGAUUGCAUGUUUUAUUAAGUGUUAAUUAAAAGUGAUUCUUUUGUCUUGCCUGUUCAGUUGAGCGAUUUAGAAGUACUGGGGUGUUGUCAUUUUCCAUCAUAGCUGCAGCAGGAAGCAGAUAGACACAGUGGCUGUGCAACAAGAGUGCUGAAAACGACUAAGAAAACAUGCAAUUAAGAAAAACAAUCACUUUGUAUCCAGAUCACUAGAUUACUCUGAAUGCCAUUGUUAUUUUAUCACCAGAAAGGCUCACCCCAAAUGAUUGCAUCUGUGACUUAAAUCACGUGUGUCUCUCCUCAGAGCUCCCAGGGCCAGCUGUCCCAUGGUGUCUCGUCACUAGGGGUGAGGGGCAUCCCCCACUCCUUCUCCUCCUCCUCCCAGCUGCAGAGUGCAGUGGCGGCCGCAGCUUUGGUCAGCCGGCCAGGUAAGCACGCCCAUGUUUCCCACCGCUCUGUCCAGAGUUCAAAGGUGAGCAGCAGUGGGAUCGGCGGCAGCAGGAAUAUCAGCGGAGGUAGUUCUUCAUCCACUGCAUGGAAGAAGCAGAGCAACAUCAACACAGGUAGACUCGCAUUAACACCAGCCCAGCUUUGGCGCCUGACACCUGCUCUAUUUCCAAUUCUUGUCUGAUCCAAAACCAAUCAAAGAACAUGCUAGUUCCAGCUUUUCUGGUACUGAGGCUUCUUGUUAAUAAAAAAUAUAAUUCGCUAUAACUUCCCACACUACAAACAACUCAAAUAGAGCUAAAGGAAACCUGUUAUACUCAUUUCCACCUUUCUUAUGUCAGUCUGGGACAGAAGCUUCGCAUGAAUCGCAUCCUUAAAAAAACCUCCUUAUUAAUCUUGCACUGGUGCAGCUUGUGGGCGUUACUUUUCACACAGUUUUGUCGCAGAAACAAACUGAAAGUUAUGCUUUUGACUAGACUAGCAGUUGGUGCUUGCAGGGUCUUUAUCGAUGGAACAGCCCCAGGUUUCAGUAUCAGUUGAUGGCAUUUGUUAACAAAGGAGUCUUUAGUGGUAAGCACAGACGGCUACACUGUGGCUCAUGUUGUCCCUAAAACACAAACCUUCCUCAGGCGUCUACAUUUCUGUAAAGAGGAAAUAGCUGUAAUAAUCUUUCACAACUAACAGAACAGUUCUGAGCAUCCCUGCGACACACUGAAUCUAUACAGUGCAGAAGAAAAAAGCUGAGCAAAGUAGUGACUUUGUAAGUAAGGGAACAUUUAAAAGAGCUCCCGGAUGAGCAUGUCCUUGAAAAGGCUGCAGGACAGAGGGCUCUGCAGCUGGAUGGGCAUGCUCUUCACCACUGUCAUUAAAGGACAUUAUAGGCCCUGAUGACGAGUUUGCAAAGUUCUCAAAUGAGCUGUUUAGAGAACAGGACAAACACAUCCAGGGAUCACCCCAACACUCGUGUCUUUUCAGUGUCACUAUCAUGCUUUUGAAGAGAGGUGGCAUCAUUGUUCUUUCUGUCUGUCUGGGUGUUCUUUCCAAUCACACCUCUUCCUCUCUUUAACUGAAAAAAAAAACAUCAAACUGACUCAAAGCUGCUGCUUCGACACCUUUAACCUGCUGCUCUGUUGCAUGUUCACAGGAGUCACUAUGGCCUAUGUGAACCCCAGCCUGACAGGUCAUAAGACAUCUGCCACCGUUGAUGCUCGCCAGAGGGAGUACCUGCUGGACAUGAUUCCCUCUCGCUCAUCCAUCUCUCAGACUGCUAACACAUGGAAAUAAUGUAAACAGCACUCUUCUUUCAUUAUUAGGUCUUGUACAGGUUCCUCAACUUUGAAAAGUUGGUCAACAGCUACCCCCGGAGGACUGUUCAGUAAAUACAAUCUUCUAAAGUGAAGAACUGUUACUUCCUUACAUAAUUAUGAUUAUUGUUUUAGUUUUCUUAUUUCUUGUUGUUUAUUUUGAGAUUCACUGUUGUUUGUUAAUUGUGCAGAAACCAUUUUGAUUUUGGGUGGGGCUAAAAAAAUCAUAUACUUGAAGGGCUUCCCCCCUGGGUACUUGUGUCCCACAGAGUGGGUGGUUAGACAAUUUCAUAAUAAGAGGUUAUCUUCAUAUUGAGUGCUUUGAUAUAAGAAAGGACUCUGUUUGAGGUUUAUGGUUUGUUCUGCCAUAAUGUGGGUCAAACUGACCCGUCUGUAUACACUUGAAUGGUUCUAGUCACACCCCAGAUCCACAUUUAACAAAAUACAUGUCAUAAACAAAAGCAAAACUAGUUGUAAUGUCUCAGUUCAUAAUCCCUGUAGUCUUGAUAGGUUAAUUUUUUUCUAUUUCCAGUAAGUUAUUUGGGAUAUUUUUUUUUCUUUUCUUUUUUUGGACUGAUGUCUAAAGUCAUUCAAUACAUUGUGGUUUCACAAAUGAAGAGUUUAUUCUUGCUUUGUUUAUUUUAUUUUUAUUUUUUCUUGUUUAACAGCAUGCCAACCUUGAACCCCUCUGUUCAUUUUGCACCUUAGCUGAAAAAAGCAUGGUGUCGUCGCUUAACUCAUCUGUAAUUACCAUUUGUAAUUAGCCUAUUUUAUAUUAAUGUCAUUGUAAGAUUAUUUUGAGUGUCAUGUCAACACUGAGAAAAUACAAACUCUGAAGGAGCUGGAUUAGCCUCACUGGAGCCAGAGAUUUGAAUUCUGAUUAAUUAAACCAUAAUCCCAUCUAUAUGCAUCUUAUAUUUGCUUAGAGUUGGUUCUGAAAGGAACUAUUACCCAAUUACCAGGACCCUGAAACACAGUCAUCUUUUCCUCACCCUCUCUGUAAUGCAUAAUUUCUCUGCUUUUCACUGCAUUGUACAAACUUGUCUUUCAAUUUAUUUGGUUUACUUUUUUCCUAGCUCCUAAAGAAAUAAAAAUUAUACAUUUUAAGUGUU